ACUCGACGCAGCGUGUUGUUCCAUCGCUGCUGCCAGAAAAGCAUUCCAUCUGAACGACAGUCAACAGCCAACAAAACAGUCCACUUUUGGCCAGAAACAAAAGAGCAUCCCAGCCAAAAAAGCGAGCGGAGAAUUCAAAUUUUAAUUCUUCUCGACCAGAGUGAACUAUUAUUUUUUUUUCUGAAUUUGUGCUUAUGUGUUUCGAGUGUUAAUUGGAAAAACUUGAUUUACCAAAAAAUUUGAAAGUGCAAAUUUGUUUCGGAAAAGCCACUCAAAGAACAGGUAAACAGGGGAAUUUGCCAAGGAAAUUAUCAUCAUCGAGUCACGUAAUUAAAACGAAACGUAAGACUCGAGAAAGGAGAGCAAAUAUUUGCAUUUACCGGCGGUGAAGGCGGCGGUAAGGGAACAUCGCUGGCGGGGCUAAUAAUAAACUAAGGGCGAAUAACGCAGGACUAAGGACCAAGGACCAACAACUACCGACCGUUAACGUGGCCAUAACAGUUUGCCAGUUAGCGCUACAGUUACCGCUACAGUUACAGUUACUGCUCCACUUACACUGACUGCUGAUAAUAAAACGUCACAGAGCGAAUCGAAGAAAAAAACAAAAAAAAAACACAGAAGGGCUCACUGAGCGAAAAGCGAGGGGUGUUGAUCCAUCAACAAGGACAUCCAGGACAUCGAGAACACCCAGUAAAGCCAAUUCCAAGGAUUGCAGGAUGCGGGGCCGUCACUUGCGUCGCCGAUUCAGCCUGCAGCCCUCGUUCAUGAAGGAUGACAACGCCGAGGACAAGCCAAAGCGUGACAAAGUGGGCAGGAAUAACGCAGUGGACGAUGCCAUCGGUCCGGCCAACGCGCGCCACAAAAUCGUCGUCAUGGGCUCUGCAAAGGUGGGCAAGACGUCGAUAAUCACCCAGUUUCUGUACAACACAUUCAGCACCAAGUACAAGAGGACCAUCGAGGAGAUGCACCAGGGCAACUUCUCCAUCGCCGGCGUCAGUCUCACCCUCGAUAUCCUUGACACCGCCGGUUCCUAUGAGUUUCCGGCGAUGCGUGCUCUUUCCAUAUCCUCGGCGGAUGCUUUCAUCCUGGUCUACGACGUCACCGAUGCCACAACUUUCGAGGAGGUACGCACCAUUCGCGACCAGAUCCACGAGACGAAGGCCACCACCGCGGUUCCAAUUGUGGUUGUGGGCAACAAGAUCGACCUUUUAGCCGACGGAGAAACCGAGCGCGAAGUUGAGUACGCCACCACAGAAUCGGUGGUUACUGUGGACUGGGAGAAUGGGUUUGUGGAGGCCUCGGCUGCCAGCAAUGAGAACAUCACUCAGGUGUUCAAGGAGCUGCUGGCCCAGGCGAAGAUCACCUACAACCUGAGUCCGGCCCUGCGGCGUCGCCGGCAGUCGUUGCCGCAGCAGAUCGGCAACAAUGGACCGGGCACCCCGUUGCACCACCACCACCACCACAGCCACCACCACCAGUCGCAGCACCACCACAAUUCCGGGGGCGGCUCAUCCGCCUCCACCUCGGCGGCCGCUGCAGCAGCGUCCUCAUCCGGCGGAUCCGGUGGCUCCCAUGCCCCCACUCCGGCCCAGCUGCAGCACCUCCAGCGAAUCCAGGAGCGGAGUUUGGGCGCCAAGCGCAACUCGUGCACCAUCUCCUAAAGCAGCGGAAUCCGGGGAUUCGAAAGUCGCACCACGGCAGCUUAAAAAAAAAAAAAAACAAACUAAAGCUAAACUAAACGGUCUCCUACAAAACGGUUUUCAAUACUUCUCCAAUAAUGCAAAACAAAAUUGGGGCUUACUUCUACGUAAACCAAUUACCAAAAACCACAAAUCUAAGGUGAAUAGAAAAAGUCGAUUCUUAAAAGGGAGAUAAGGGAAGAUUUUCUUAAGAGCGCUCUCUUAUUAAAAUUGAUUUCUCUCUAAGAAAGCAAUGGAAAAUAACUCGAACUUAAAAAUCACUAGAGGUUUAAAAUCGAUUUUGGUAUGGUAUCUCAAAUUCUUAUUUAAUAUAUUUGUAGUACGGAAGUCUGUCGGAUAAUUUCCUCAAGACCAUGUUCUAUUUUUCAUUGCAUACUGUUAUAGAUUCCUAUUGAAACCGCUUUACACCUCUAGAGAUUUGUUCUACAUUUUGCCAGGAAAAUAGGUCAAUUUUCUUUUAGACCUCCAGUUUUCAGGGUAAUAUGACUAAGCCGAUGGAAAAACAUUCCCUUUCUAGAAUUUUCCAACUUUUGGCAUCGACCCGCACUAAUGUGGAGCAAUCUGGACUCAAAUGUACCUCUAUCUUGCUAUUAUCGCUCCAAUAACUUUAGUACCUAUAUCUCAAGCCUCUGGUUUCUCAAACUCAGCCCUCAGCAUAAUAAUAUAUGGAAUGGAUGUAUUACGGUAGAGAAUAUUGAAUCGUUAGACAGCUCUAUUAUUUACUCAGAUAAAAAUACAGAAACUAUGUAGUCCCUAAACCGAGGCAAAUAACAUUCUUUUAAAUGUGUCUCGGUGUUACUCUAACUCGAUUGUUGUGUGUGUGUGUGUCUAGUUACAGUUUCCCCCAUCCCGACAGUACAGGAAUAUAUACAUAAUAAUUUAUAUAUAUUGACUUAUCUGUGUAUAGAUUACCCGUGCAGCGAGCAUUUAGGACCGGCCCGUGUACCUAAAAACAGCUAAGACAUAUUUUUGUAGACAAUAGGUCGAUAGAACCGGAUUUCUCCUAGGCGCCAUUGUUGGAACGUUUGCCAAUGUGCGGGUUGCCAGUGUUGAGAAGCGGAAGGGAAAGCUAAAGAAAUCGAAACCGAAAGCAAAUGCAUAGUUAAGAAGUAUCACUGAUUGGAGGGGGAUAACCUAAAAUCUAUCUGUAGAAUCGUAAUGAGUGUACACUUAGUUAAAGUUUUUUUUUCGUUAACAUUUUACGGUUAGCAUGUAGUGUUGGUUAAUGCCAGGCAAAAAGAUUGAAACAAAUGGUUAAGAUUGAAAACGCAAUGAAAACACCAAAGAAUAAGACAAAGACAAAAGCAAAUGCAAGUAAUGAAUACGAGUAUAGAUCGAUAGAUAUAUAUAUGAAGAUGUUAUCGUAUGGAAAGUUAUAGUCGUGUUAUAGGGUUACUUUUGAGAUACAGAACGAAAAACGGGCCAAAGUGAAACGCAGCUAUUAUAUUGCAUACAUCGGACAUCACACGUAAUCUAUUUGUGGUACAAUAAAGUAUAUACCCGGAUUCAAACCCCUCCCCCAAAAAAAAGUGGAACAGAGUGUUAUAUUUAUACUAUAAUAGUUAUAUGUAUUGCUACAAGAAAUACUUCAAAAUACUAAUAUACCGAAUUACUAUGCGAAUACGAGUACUAAACGGAAAUCUUAAGGAAAUACCAAGGCAAAUCUUAAACUUAUACGGAUAUUGAUGUGUUGCAAACGAAAUGAAAACUUUAAAGAAUUUAUGUAAUUAUUUAAUUCCAGCAAAUCGUACAAUAUCAAGUAUACAUAUAUCUGCGUAUAUAUCUGUGUGUGUAUCAGUGGUUGUUUCAAAUACAAUAUAAUUCCGAUCUUUGGCAGGCCAAAGUCCCUUAAACUCUUGCUGGCUGAUGGGUAUAUGAUAUAUAUUUUUUUCCUUCGGUUCUGUAUUUGUUAAGCUAAAUGAAUGAUUAAGGAUUUGUUUGUUUUAGAAGGAUUUGCUUGCAAGAGUUUAAAAUAAAUUUAUAAAACAAUUGGCCAAAACGCAGAGCACCCAAAAAAGAAAAGAUGAGUAAGUAAGUGAGUAGAUCUGUCAUUAUGGUACCUAGAAAUACGGACAUGAGUGUGAGCAUUACGUAGAAUAAAUCGCAUUACAAUUGAUUUAGUUAGGCGGCGCACUGUGGCCAAUCACCGAGUUUACAGUACAUAUGUAUCACUCAAUCACGGAAGGGUUUUCGAAAUUACAAACUAAGUUCAAAUUUAGUUUGAGGACACAGUGCGUUAGUUAACAAAAGAAGAAAGCAAAGCCACGUAGAAUUGAUUAAGGUGUUAGCGAUCCCAAUAAUUCGUGGGUACUUACUGCUUAGGCUCAGUAUUUAUGCCCAGCAAAAGGAAUGCUAAAAUACUUCUCGAGAAAUAUUUAAAUUUCUAGUUUUCUUGAACGAUAAGUAAAGAUAUCAAGAUAUUGCAGAUUAGGUUUAUAUUUCUUUAUAAGCUAAAUUUUCAUUAAGUUUUUUGAGGAAUCAUAAAAAAAAGGGAUUACAUUUUGUAGACAUAAAUACAGAGUCUUAUGUAGGAUGGCCCCGAAUCAUCUUGUUUCUGGAGUAGCGGUCAAGGUUGUAUCUGCACCCUAUCGCAUAUCCCACUCCCAUUCCCCAAAUCCAUUUAUAAUACUAAUAUAUCACUAUGCUAACAUUCUGUAAGUCCCCUUUAAAUGCGAACUUCUUUGGUUCCUAGGCCACAACCUCUGCAGCUGGAUAUCUUACAAAAUACAUAUAUAUUAAUAUGAAUAUUUACAUACGGCAAUACAUAUAUGCAUAUACUAUAUACAUACAUAUACAUAAUGAAUAAUUAAAAAUGUAAUUGAUAAAUGCGAAGAGAUAAGAACCGGAAAUAAAUGCAAGGG